AUGAUACAAUUUGGCAUGCAAGCAUUGGAUGUUGUCCACGAUUUGAAUACCGACAAUGAUCAGAAAGGAAGAGUCGCUGUAGAAUGUAUUUUCAGGCCUACCAGAGAAAUUUAUGGUCAACGGGCUAAUGAUAUGUCCGACCAACUCAUUAUCUGGAGUAAUUACGGUUCAUUGUUUUGA